AUGGAGGGGUACCGUAACGCGCUUCCACACCAGCAGGUUUCUGGUGGCCCAGAUGGCAUCCUUGAUGACGUUAAGGGUGAGCCAGUGCGAGAAUAUACCUCUGUUGACCCCUGCUACAACUACACUGUGCUGGACAAUCCAUGGAGAGCCACUAACAAAUAUGCUUCAGGCAGUAAUUGUGACCAGUAUGUCACCUGGAGCGGCUGGUAUCGUCUCUUCAUUAACAACAUGAGCGCUCACAUCCCAGACACGUGUGUUGCUCAGUAUAGCUGUGGCACUGCUGCUCCACUGUGGAUUCGUGGUGGACACCCAACAGUUGAAGAUGGAGUCGUCACUCGAGAUGUCUGCGGUCACUAUAACAAUUACUGCUGCUAUUUUGGGUCUUUUCCCAUUAAAGUCAAAGCCUGUCCAGGCAAUUAUUAUGUCUAUGAGCUGGUUAGACCAACUCUCUGCAAUUCAGCAUACUGUGCAGAUUUAAUGUCUUCUUUAAUUUCAUCUUCAAGUCAAAUCCCAAUGUAUUCUUCCAUUGACCCCUGCUACAACUACACUGUGCUGGACGAUCCAUGGAGAGCCAACAGCAGUCGCCUAUCAAGCUCCUACAAGUGUGACAGUGAUCUCACCUCGAGCAGCUGGUAUCGUCUCUUCAUUAACAACUUGAGCGCUCAGAUCCCAGACACGUGUGUUGCUCAGUAUAGCUGUGGCACUGCUGCUCCACUGUGGAUUCGUGGUGGACACCCAACAGUUGAAGAUGGAGUCGUCACUCGAGAUAUCUGCGGUCACUGGAGAAAUUACUGCUGCUUUUUCGGGUCUUUUCCCAUUAAAGUCAAAGCCUGUCCAGGCAAUUAUUAUGUCUAUGAGCUGGUUAGACCAACUUUCUGCAAUUCAGCAUACUGUGCAGCUGUUACUAACAUCAGCAGCACUCAUACAACAGUCACACCAGAGACGAGCCCAGCUGCUGUUACUAACAUCAGCAGCACUCAUACAACAGUCACACCAGAGACGAGCCCAGCUGAAUAUACCUCUGUUGACCCCUGCUACAACUACACUGUGCUGGACAAUCCAUGGAGAGCCACUAACAUAUAUGCUUCAGGCAGUAAUUGUGACCAGUAUGUCACCUGGAGCGGCUGGUAUCGUCUCUUCAUUAACAACAUGAGCGCUCACAUCCCAGACACGUGUGUUGCUCAGUAUAGCUGUGGCACUGCUGCUCCACUGUGGAUUCGUGGUGGACACCCAACAGUUGAAGAUGGAGUCGUCACUCGAGAUGUCUGCGGUCACUAUAACAAUUACUGCUGCUAUUUCGGGUCUUUUCCCAUUAAAGUCAAAGCCUGUCCAGGCAAUUAUUAUGUCUAUGAGCUGGUUAGACCAACUAUCUGCUAUUCAGCAUACUGUGCAG